AUCUCUGUCUUCUCUCCUGCUCUUGCAUUUGUCACUCAAUUAAGGAUUCAUCUAAUAAUCCUUCCUCUUAGAAGACAGCUUGUUUCCUUUCUCCAGAUUAAUUCCCACUUUUCUUAAUAUCUCUACUUAUUCUCUGUGAUCCGAACAGUGCAUCCCUACCUCUCUUCUCAGCUUCCUCUAUAUAUCUUGUUCUCGUUCAAACAAGUGCUGAAAUCAAUCUUCUGCUGCUUUUAAUGGAGAACGGGGUGAAAGGUGAGACGAGUAUUGUUAAUGGAGCCGGAGGAGGACACCUGGGGAUGCACAAACACUCCCAAACCAUAUCCAAAAUGAAGCCCAAAAUUCGCAUCAUUCACAUAUUUGCUCCGGAAAUCAUCCAGACCGAUGUCCACAACUUCCGAAAACUGGUGCAGAGGCUAACCGGAAAACCAACCGCUAUCCAAAACUACAGCAGAAAGACUAAGCAGGAAACGCGUGUAUCGGAAUCAAGAGAUGUUGCGGACCCUGUGAAAAUGGAGCUCACAGAUGGGUUCCUGGGGUUUGAUCAGUCGACGGAGAGAUUGAUCAAAGAAGAACAAGGGUUUUACAAUAGUGAGAUCAGCUCCGGCGGCUACCUGAGAGGGUUGGAGGGCUUCAUAUCUGAGUUCGGCAAUUUCCCAUUUUCCCCUAAUUCGGAUGCUGCUCAUCGUCACGCCCAGGAGUUUGAAGAUGCUCUUUUUUCUUAGACACUCGCAUGUGUAUUACAUUUGCAUGUUUUGACCCCUUUUUGUCCCUUCCAAUAUUAUUGUACGUUGAUAGCUUCUGGGUUUGAUCAUCAUAUAUGUACUUGUGUCUUCUAGGAAUUAUCAUAUACAGAUUUGUUUAUUCA